AUGUCCACAGCAGCGGUUGUUAAGGAAGCGGUCAAGGAGACCCUCAUCGGCUCCAAUGAGCAUGCCGCCGCCGACCAGGUGCAGCCUACUGCUCAGACCAAGGCGCGCUUCACCCACUACGCUGUUCAGGACUCCGAGACGGGUGAACUUUUCUUGGGACCCGAUCAGUUUAUUGAUGCCGUGGCUCCCCCUCACGAAGACUAUCACAAAAUCAAGCGCGAACAGUACAGCAUCCUGUUCAGCGUUGCCGACCGAGCCAAUAAAGGAAAGGUGACCCUUUCCGACUGGACAUACUUCGAGAACCUGCUCGAGAAGCCCGAUGCCGAGUAUGAAAUUGCAUUCCGCCUGUUCGACGUUGAGCGCCUCGGCACAGUCAAGUAUGAUGACUUCCGUCGUCUUUACGAGCUCAACAAGGGCCCGAAUAGCAUCCCAUUCGAUUGGGACUGCGAAUGGGCCAAACUCUACAUCGGAAGCAAGACCAAGAGACACAACUUGGACUACCAACAAUUUUCGCAAAUGCUCCGUGGCCUACAAGGCGAGCGCAUCCGCCAGGCGUUCCAGCUCUUCGACAAGGAUGGGGACGGCUUCAUCGAACCCGGGGACUUCGAGCGAAUCAUUAUGGAGACCUCGAAGCACAAGCUGUCUGAUCACCUCCUCGAAAACCUCAACACUCUUUGCAACAUCUCCCAGGGCAGUAAGGUCUCGUAUGCGAACGUUAGGGCAUUUCAAAACAUAAUCAAGGAAAUGGAUCUAGUCGAGCUCAUAAUCCGUAAGGCUUGCGGCAAGAGUCAGGAUGGCAAGAUUACUCGCACUGAAUUUCUCAACCAGGCUGCAAAGAUCACCCGCUUUUCCCUCUUCACUCCCAUGGAGGCGGAUAUUCUGUUCCACUUUGCGAGUGUUGGUAACCCCUCAGGCAGACUUGGUCUUGAGGAUUUCGCAAAGGUUCUUGACCCUUCAUGGAGAAACCGUCACGAGGCCGAGGCAAGACUUCUGCCUCAAGCUGUGCAGACAAAGAGUCAGCAGUUUGCCCACCGGGCGGGAGAGUCGGCUUACAACUUCAUUCUGGGCAGUUUGUCAGGCGCCUUUGGUGCAUUCAUGGUCUAUCCCAUUGAUCUGGUCAAAACAAGAAUGCAGAACCAGAGAGGUGCCUCGCCCGGUAGCAGACUCUAUGACAACUCCAUCGACUGCUUUAGAAAAGUCAUUCGCAACGAGGGUUUCAGGGGUCUUUACUCGGGUGUUCUGCCCCAGCUUGUUGGUGUCGCCCCUGAGAAGGCCAUCAAGCUUACCGUCAACGAUCUCGUUCGUGGCGCCUUUACUGAUAAGCAGGGCAAUAUCUCCUUGAUCCAUGAGAUCAUUGCUGGUGGUACUGCCGGUGGUUGCCAAGUUGUUUUCACAAACCCCUUGGAAAUUGUCAAAAUCAGAUUGCAGGUCCAGGGUGAGGUUGCUAAGAGUGUCGAGGGCGCUCCCAAGCGCUCUGCCAUGUGGAUCGUCCGUAACUUGGGCCUGGUGGGAUUGUACAAGGGCGCAUCUGCUUGCUUGCUCCGCGACGUUCCCUUCUCGGCUAUCUACUUCCCAACUUACUCCCACUUAAAGAAGGACCUUUUCGGCGAGUCAAAGACCAAGAAGCUGGGCGUUCUGCAGCUUCUUACGGCCGGCGCCAUUGCCGGUAUGCCCGCUGCUUACCUUACGACACCCUGCGACGUCAUCAAGACUCGUCUGCAGGUCGAGGCCCGCAAGGGCGACACGCAGUAUACCGGUCUCAGGCAUGCUGCCAAGACCAUCUGGAAGGAAGAAGGCUUCCGGGCCUUCUUCAAGGGUGGUCCUGCCCGUAUUUUCCGCUCCUCGCCGCAAUUCGGUUUCACCCUUGCCGCUUAUGAGCUCCUCCAGAGUGUUCUGCCGUAUCCCGGACAGAAGGCGGAGAAGAUGCACGCGGGCGUCGCUGAUGCUGUGUCCAUGGUGAAAGAUUCCGUGGGCGGUGACAGCCCGUACACGAGGUCACGCAAUGCCCUCAAGAUUCUGCUGGAUCUUGAUGAGCAUUUUGGCCGCGUGAAGCUCGAUGCCAAUGCCGCUGGAUGGAAGGCUCUGCCCACGUGGAUGCAGACACCUCCCAAGACCGCGUAAGGUGGCACUUACGGAGCGUCAGGACCCAACGGUUAUCGAAGCUGAUAUGGGGAUAUGAGUGUGGAAACACAGCUGAUCGUCAGUAGAUGCAGCUGGCAACUGCUUGACAAUGAGGUGACUACAACCGCUGACCGUUACCGACCUCUUUUCCAUUAAACUUUAUUUGGUCUCAAUCAAAUAAGCCCCUUGAUCCUCAUCGACCACCUGUGGCAGGGCUAUUUGCGCAAGCUCCACCAAAGUUACGCAAGUGCAUACUACGCCGCCUGAGCUUGUGCAAGUACACCAUCAUUCAUGGUUACUAUUUCCCCUUCCCU